CGUCGUCCAAUGGCACAGCAGGCCGAGGCGGGCCCUCACGCUCACGUCCAAUCGGCUCGCGUCUCGGAGGUCAGGGCGGAAGCGGCCGCCAUGGAGCCACUUGUGCAGCAUACUGAACGCUUCUCAGAGCUGCUGGCCGUGUCGUGCGGGACGCUGGUGAGCACGUGGGACGCCGCGACGGUGCGCCGGGCGCUGCAGUGGGCGCGCUAUUUGCUCCACGUGUACCGACGCUUCGCGGGCCGGGGCCGCGUGCGGGAGGCGCUAGAGAGGCGGCUCCACGGGCCGAGAGGGCCGCUCGGGCUGCGCAGCUUUGCGGCGCUCGAGUCUGGGGACGCGCGGCUCGCCCUACGCCUGCUGCGGAACCGCGCGCUCGCGCCCGCCGCUGUCCGUGUGCUGCCGAGCUUGCUGUUCCCAGGCCCUGCGGCGGACAGCGAAGACGACGUGCCGCAGUCCCGCCUGGUCCUCCUGGCGCGCCGCGGAAGCGCGCUGCACCUGCUCUUCCGCCUCGGCGGGGACGCGCCUAAGGACGCGCUGCUGCGCACGCACGCGGAGCUGCUGUACGCGCGCCUGCGCGAGCUGGGCGGCGCCGACUCCACGGCCGCGCGCAAACUCCUGGACACGCUGUGGACUCAGGGGCCGCGGGAGCACGUGCUCAGCGUGACGGCCGAAGCGCUGCUGCGCGGGGCCGACCCGGUGCCAGCCCGGGCCACAGACCCCGCGUGUGCGGAUGAGACACAAAAACUACUACACUGGCUUCUGGAAAGUCCCGAGAUAUUGGCCGCUUUUUGCCGCCAUCUGUCAGCUAAGCGCCUGGCCUCGGUGGCAGGCUGCCACCAGGCACUGUCUCGCGCCUAUCUGGACCUGCUCACAGCGUGGGCCAAGCGGCUGCACUAUGAUCUGCAAAAGGGCGCCUGGGUCCCUCCACAGCUAGAGGACAUGCCCUGGGAAGAGCUGUGCUUAAGGCUGCAGAACUUGUGCCAUGCCCAGCCAUUUCUGCAGCAAGAGGUGCUGGUGACCCUACGUGCCUGCAAAGCCUUAGAUGGAGAUUUCGAGGUUCCCGGAAUGAGCAUCUGGACAGACCUCCUGCUGGCCCUGCCUGGAGGUGCUUGAGUGUGGGAUCACGCUAGAGCAGGUUUUCAUAUCCCAGGCUAGGCAUCUGGACAGACCCUGUCCCAUGGAGGGAACAGCAAGCUUACUUCUCACCAAAGCCUCUAUGCACAGCAUCCUGCUAGUAUUUAACUAUACAGUUUACAAACUGUCAGUGUCGUGUACUCACCAACUCCCUGUAUACAAGCCCGAGCUUGUUUUGUAUGAAGCUAACUUGUAAGAAUCCUAAACAUAGAUGCACUUUAAAAAGAAAAGGCAGCUUUCAGUUUCCAGAAGGACACCUUUUAUGUGUAUGAUUUACUUGUUUCCUGGCACUCUGCAGUAGUACAAAGUUUUGUUUAACCAGCAACAUGUGGUAGCAUCAGAUGUUAACUGCAAAGCUGGCUGGGCUAGAGUUAAAGCCCUAGACUUGCUCUCCUUGACCUGUUUGCCAACCUUCAUGUGCAUUAAAGUCCUGUUGUC